AUGGCUCUCGCUUUAGUUCUCAGAAAACCUUUGAAUAUUCAAGCUACUCAAAAGUUCUUUAAAACCACUUUACAGUUGGAUUCGAAGAGACCCUUUACUCAGAUCGUGAGUACUCUUAGAAAAGACCCUGUCAAAGUGAGCCGUGAAAUAAAAUAUGUAUCAAAGAGACCCAUGUCUACAGACCACGGAAAGCUGUGGACUGCAGAAAGAUUUCUCUCUGCCGCUCUCAUCGGUGUAGUACCUGUAGCUCUUCUCGCUUCUAAUCCAUUGCUUGACGACGUUAUGGCAGCCUCCAUUGUUAUACAUUUUCAUUGGGGUUUGGAGGCCUGCGUUGUAGAUUACGUUAGACCCAUAAUCGUUGGUCCUGUUGUUCCAAAACUAGCCAUGGGCUUGUUAUAUUUGAUUUCGAUUUCUACUCUUGGUGGACUUUUGUAUUAUAACCACAAAUCAAUUGGAAUGAGUAACACGAUUAUCAUCCCUAAGCACAACUUGCCCAUCAUUCUUAGACGGAGGGUCCCAGAAAUUAGCUUGCUGAGCUAUAGCAGAGGCGCUAGUAGAGGCAUUUCUGUUCACACUAAUGGUAGAGUAAGCUUUGGACAAAAGCUGCAAAAGCGGAUUGCUUGA